UGUGUGAGCUUCCCUGAUGGACGGAACUGACAGAGCCCACUUCUGGAGGAGACAAGGGUGAGAGCGGGAGUGCCCGGUCGGAGGCAAAGAGGAAAGAUGCUCUGUCAUGUUUAAAAAAGCAGAAAAAGAAAGAAAGAAAAAAGAAAAGAACAGCGCGUUUGGUUUGUGAUGCUCGACUAGACGGCUGGCAGCACCUUGACGGAUUUUUCAAACUGUGUUGCGGAAUAUACACUGAACAAACUCGCCCGUGGAUGCAACGAAAAGUGUUGGAGGCGACUUCAUUUAGAAGAGGAAGGACGCUGGAGGGAAAGCGAACGUAUUCAUAUGAUUUUUAUUUAUUUAUUUAUUUAUUUUUGGAUCAACUGAAUGAAGGAAUUCAAAAAGAAGUUGUAGGAACAGAAAGAAAAGCCCCACGCCGCAGAACCGGACCCAGACCCUUUUGAACAUCGGAACCGGUGGAUGCUUAUAAAGUGUUACCGAGACCCUCCCCCCACCCCGCUCCCGUCAACAGAGGUUUGAACACCGGGGCUCCGCUCGGGGCCUCGCUAUCUUUCUCUGUCUCCCUGCGUACCACACUGAGGCUGCAGAGACGGACCAAGUGCGACAGAGAACCACUUGGGAACUCUGCGGUCCUCCAAAGCCACGAAAUCCUCUCCUUGCCACCAGAAGGUGCUUCUCGCUUCAGGCUGGUGUGGACUUUGCAGCCACCAAACUGAUCAUGCGAUGACUCAACGCACUGCACAUACUUCCACCGAGUCCAAAUCAGGAGGUGAAUGAUGGCUGAGGAUGGGGGAAAUCUCUCCGGGACCCCUGACUCCAGGGGCUCGGAGGGCCGCUCCUCUCUGCCGAGGACUUUCAUCCGGCUCAAUGACUUAUCCGGGGAAGGGACCGGAGGAAGUGUGGAGCGGACCGAAGUGACAAUGGAACCGGCUUCCCCGGCUUCUCCUGCCCUUGACGGGACUUCUUCGGCCGGAGAUGAAGCGUCGGCAUCUGGCGAGGAAAGCCUGCCUUACCCCACCCUGGCCCCAGUGGUCUUCUUCUACAUGAAACAGAGCACCCGUCCUCGGAGCUGGUGUCUCAAGAUGGUCUGCAACCCAUAUCCUUUUUUUAAAAAAAACAAAACAAAACAUCAGAUAGCAGUCAUCUUACAGUCCAUCAGCUGAGUAAACAAGUGGUCUUAAUCUAGAUUUCUUGACGUCAACAAGCUGGUCCACAACCUCUGUCAUCAGUAUUUGAGGCCAUAGGUCCUCAUCUCCCCCAGCCCCCAGAGACCUCUUAGAUGAGACAAGACUUCUGGCCUGAAGGGAACGGAUCCUGCCCAUGACGAAACUAAACAGACAGCUUUAAAACGCAGCUACUGCUAUGUUGGCGCCAAUGCAAUAUUGACUUCUGCUUCAACACAGAUAGCUGAACAUGGAGAGGAAAGAAACCACAACAGCAGAUGUGACAGUCAGUGGAUUUCAUCCUUAGGGCUUUGUAACUAUAAAUCACUGAUCCUGCAUGAUUUAAUGCAUGAGGAGAUUCUGGUUGCUUUUCGUAACUCUGUCAAGAA